AUGAAGAUGAAGAAUCUCUUAGUAUUUGCUGUGCUAUUUGCUUAUGGCGCAGUUAUGACACAGGGGAGUCUCUGGGAGCUUCAAAAGAUGAUUAAGCAAGUCACUGGGAAAUGUGCCUUAUGGAAUUAUUCCAACUACGGCUGCCACUGCGGAUUGGGUGGCAAAGGGACGCCAAAGGAUGACACUGAUCAGUGCUGUUAUUUGCAUGACUGCUGCUAUAAGAGGCUCAAGCAUCAUGGAUGUAAUGCCAAAUUUAAAACGUACAGCUACUUCUACCUGAGUGGAAGGAUAUACUGCGGCUUGGGGAGCUGGUGCAAAAGGGAGAGCUGCCAGUGUGACAGUGACCUUGUGCUCUGCUUGAAGAAACACUUAAGCAGCUACAAGACGGGUUAUCGCUUCUAUCGAAAGAGACGCUGUGGGGAUAAGGCGCCCACGUGUUAA